ACCACGAGACGCCCUCAACUAGUGCAGGAUAUUAAUAGAAGGGCUAUUAUUCUGCGGAAGAAAAGUUUGGAAAAAUGGCCAGUGACGAUUCGAAAGAAGACAAAGAGGCUCUGAGCGCUCUUGAGCUUGAAGCUAGAGAAUUUGACAAGGAUGCUGAGAUUGAUCGAAUUUUGAAAGCAUUCCGACUAGAUGCAUAUGCCGUGUUAGAUCUACAGCCAGGCGUCACAGAAUCCGACAUCAAGGUCACAUAUCGCAAAAAGUCGUUGCUUAUCCAUCCGGACAAAAGCAAGAACCCACUAGCGCCCGAUGCCUUCGAUCGACUCAAGAAAGCACAAACAGAACUCAUGGACGAGAAACAUAGAGAGCGAUUGGACGAGGCGAUUGCAGAUGCUCGCAUGCUGCUCAUUCGCGAAAACAAGUGGACAGUCGACAGCGAAGAGCUCAAAACAGACGAUUUUGCAAAGAAGUGGCGCGAAAAGACAAAAGACGUCUUGAUUGAUAAUGAGCACCGCCGCAGACGCCAGAUGAAGGCGCAAAUGCAAGAAGAAGGACGAGAGCAGCGCAAGGCUGAUGCCGAAUUGGAGGAGCGCAAGCGCAAGCGCCAGCACGACCAGGACUGGGAAGCGACACGAGAUGAGCGCAUCAGCAGCUGGAGAGACUUUAAGAAGGGCAAGUCUGAUUCUGAUAAAAAGAAGAAGAAGAAGCUCAAGCCCAUUGGCUGAGCAUGAAGCAUCGGUAUUGCGGGGCGCAAACAAACGGACGGCGUUGGGCGCAAUUUAUGAUCAGCCUAAUUGUAAAAUAUCAUUAUAUUUAUCACAAAGACGAGUGAGGAGAUUUGCCUUCUACACAAAUACACUCCAAAUAGAUACAAUUCAGUUCCACCAUCUAUUGCCCACUCCCGAUCGCAGGUAGCCAGCCUCCUUUUGGCAGACCAGCAGGCCCUCUAGCAACGCCAAUCCAAUGUAAAAAAAGUCAACUUUUAAUAUAAUAAAACACCAAUGAAUGCAAGACUGUACAGUAUGCUGAUACUCUCAGCAUCUGCAGUCCACUAAUAAUGUACAGGAACCUUUUUAGGCUGACUUGGAGUCGUCAACCUUCUUCUUCUUCUGCUCGCCUUGGCUGUCCUUGCUGUUGUUCUUGUUGUCGGACUCUGAGCUCGACUUGCCAUCGCUCUUGUUCUGGUGAGCAGGGUGGUUGGUGAAGUUGUGCCACAUCGACUUCAGGAAGCCUUCGUUCUUAUGAGACUCGGGGUCGCUGGGAUCUGUUGAGCGGUGUUGCGAUGAAACGUUCAUAACACGACGAGCAGUCUUGUCGCCCAUCUCGUCCGCCAGCAUCUCGACGAUAGUUCGCUGGUUGGCACUGAGGUACUUGGGCAUGUUGACACGGAACUCAACCUUGAGGUCCCCCGUUCCGCCGCGGCGAGCACCAAGCCGGCGCAUGCCCAUGCCAGUCAUGGUCAUCUUGUCGCCAGUGUUGGUGCCGGUGGCAACCUUGACAUUGACAGAGCCGUCAAGGGUGGGAAUCUCUACUUGGCCACCGAGAAGAGCUGUGGUCAAAGGGAUAUUGGCCGUGUAGAGAAUGUUGGAGCCCUCUCGGGUAAACUUGGGGUCCUUGGCAACGCGGACAAAGACGUAGAGGUCACCACGCUGGCUUUUGGCAUUGGGAUCAGCAGAACGGCCCGUUACUGGCGCAUCACCAGCGCCGUCGAUUCUUAGACGCAUACCAUCUUCAAUGCCGGCGGGAAUAUCGACUGUGAUUGUCUUGCGAUCUCGGACCACACCAUUGCCGUGGCAUGUACCACACUCGGAUCCCUUGGGGAUGACUGUGCCAGUUCCCUCACAGGUACCGCAAGUUGACGCCAUCUGGAAGCCGCCUUGCAUAAAGUGCAAACGAGUACCGGUUCCAUUGCAAGCUGUGCACGAGGUUCGCGAUGUUCCGCUCUUGAGACCACUGCCCGAGCAGGUGCCACACUCGGUCAUUGGGGUGAUGGAGAUGGUCUUGCUUGUGCCCUUGGCAGCCUCCAUAAAAGUGAUGCUGGCUUGGACCUCGAUGUUCUCGCCAACCAAAACUUCUUGCUGGAAAGGGUUUUGGCGUGCGCCACGCCGAGCACCGCCAAAGGGGCCGCCCUGGCCACCAGUAAAGGCAGAAAAGAGGUCGUCAAAGUUGAAGCCUCCGCCAAAGCCACCUUGAGCACCACCGAAGCCGCCAGCAAAAGGGUUGCCAGCUCCUCCAAAUGGAUCGCCACCGGCCGGGUUGCCGUUGGGGUCGAAGCCAGCAGCGCCGAAUUGAUCGAAUUGUUCCUUCUUCUUGGGAUCGGACAGGAUUUCGUAGGCGGAUUGAAUGUCGGCAAAUCGUUCUUUGGCAGAGUCGUCUUUGUUGGUAUCGGGAUGGUAUUUCUUGGCCAAACCAUAGUAGGCCUUUUUUAUUUCACCAGCUGAUGCGCUCUUGGUGACUCCGAGAGCUUUGUACGGAUCUUUUGACGAAACAGCGCGGGUGGCAUGGAAUGCCUAUCAGUCUACAGUCAGUGCCCAUCCAAUGCAACUCGAUUCCGGGAUUAUACUCACUCUUUUCGAGCUUUGCUUCCAUCCAGACGUUUUACAGGGAGAUUGUCGGCAGUUUUUGGGGGCGAAUGCUGUCGUGUGAAUAGAAGCCGCCUUCGCAAAAGAAUCUCCUAUUUGCUUGCCCCGGGCUCGGCGCAAGACAGUGCGCGCGGGUGCGGCAGCCUUGAGCAGUGUGUUGGAAUUCAUACUGAAGAGAACUCGCCCAUCAAGAGCUCGAAAUGAAGAGUGUGGAAAAAAUACAAUUUACAAAAAAGGAGUGUGGUUGAUAUGAUGCGUAAUCCAUU